UAAUUGAUGCAUUGCGAAGUUGCGAACAUGAAAUUCCGAUGACAGAGGACACAGUUUCACGACAAUUUGAUUUUCACUAUGAGAUUUGUUGAUGUUGAUGGGAACUGAGAACGUACCACCUCGUGAAAGAGUAAAUUAAAGUUGGAUCAACAGCAGCAGAGAAUUGAAAGUCUACCAUCUAGCAUUAUCAAAAACUGAGGUCUGGAACUUUAAAGCCUGUUAAAAAGUAAGUCCAGAAGAGUUGCAAAAAGACGUAACUCAAGAUGUCAUCUCCACCUCAAAAGACGGAGCACCGCCUCUCGCUGAGGGACACCCUGGAGGGAGAUUUUGCAGACUCGCAGUCAAGCACACCACAGGGGUUCCUGUACGAGACUAAAUUUGUGGUUCUGAGUUACCUCGGGCUGGUGCCGCCAGAUCUGGAUCCCGGCUACUCAGAGUUUGACAUCCACUAUGAGAGCUCUGCCAGCGCCACACCCUUCAGCGUGUCUGACGAUGACCGGUCAAGCGGCUCCAGUGGCUCGAGAAGGUCCAGUGACCUCCUGACAGUGAACACAAAGGUCCGGGCUCGCCGCUCUCCAAAGAUUAGCCCUCGAUCUGGCGCUUCCUCAAGCCACGUCUCACCGGCUGUCCUGAACCCACCUGCAAAUACCUUUUCCGGAUUUUCAGCUCCCCUAGGGGCUCCUUCGGCAGCCUUGCCACCUCCACCCCCACCCUCUUUCUCAGACUCCACUGUGACAGUGAUCCGAGAGUUCCACACAAGGGGUUUCGUUGAGGUCAGCAAAACAGUAGUUACUCGGCAGGAAUCCUAUGACAGCGAUCUGUGCACAGAUGCAGCCAUGGAUGGAUCUGAAGAAUCGAGUCACAGCCAGCCCCUGAGCGAUGGGUCGGAAGAAGACCGAGCUGGGGAGCAUCCACAGAUCAGAAUAGAUGACGAUAGCACGAGUGACUCGUGGGAGUUUAGGCAGAGACAGAGGCAAGAAUUGGUGGAGCCACUCCGGGAAGAGGUCAGGCAGGCCAUGGCCCAACUACAGGAGGAAUUCAAACAAGUUGUAGCAGCCGGCGAUUCCAACGGGCCCAUCCUCCCCUCGGUGAUAUGCCCGAUCAGUCGCGAGGCCCAGGUGGCUGAACGCAUCGCCCAGAUCGGCGACAAGAUCAUGCAGCAGCGCGGCGAUGAGCUGGAGAAGACCAUGAGGAUGCUGUUUGGCAGUCAGUCUGACGAUAACCUGACCUACGGCCUCUUCAAGUCCCUAAUGAAGCAGAUGAUGAAAAGCACUGUGCCGGGAUGGUAUCAUCUUGCUCUGAUGCUGAAGUUCACCCAGCACAUGGCCCUGGGUCUUGUCAACAAGGGAGGCAAAGGCUUCGGCUCUGUCACUGACUUUGCUGUUCGGUACAUUGAGGAGAACCUGGCGCAGACCAUCAUUGACCAAGGGGGAUGGGAUGCAAUGACAAAUAUUAAUUUGGAGGACAUCAAUAUGGAGGUCCUGUCAGACCUGUCAUCCCCUACCGCCUCUCCCAUCCCACUGUCCUCCCAAGAGAGUCAUGCCUCCCAACAGUCUCAAGAACCCCUGUCCCCAGACGCCGGCACCCCAGUGGACUCCCCCAACUGGAAGACAGACCAGCAGUCACACUUCACCUCCUCGGGCGAGGAGGGCUUGAAUCAGCUGACUGUCCCUCCGCCGGGCACCUCCCCGGGGGAGAUCACCCACCGCAGCCGGUCGGAAUCCCAUCCCGAGGACCUGGCGAGCCUCUUUGUCGGGGAACCCUCAGAUCCUCCUAUCACCCACUCCGUGUCCAGCCCUAGUCAUCUAGGCACCAAUCCCGGCAGCCGCGUUCAACAGCUAGGCGUGACCCACUCUGAGCCAGUUCUGUUCUCGGUCGACGACAGUCAAGCCUCGGUGAUGGACGUUGACAGUCAAGCCUCGGCGAUGGACGUUGACAGUCGGCCAGUGACGAGCCCCGAGUAACACAUGACCGAUGUCAGUGAUGGUGACAUCAGAGUGGAACACAAAUCAGGUGUCGGUAAGGUAGCUGCAGCAGUUGCUGGUGCGCUCUUUGGUGUGGGGAAAAAAUGAUGCAGCUUAUAUUUUAGAAACUAGGAAAGACAAAGUGGCUUGCACUACAUUGUUUGAUUGCCCUACAAGGAAGACGGUCAUACAAAUUCAGGUCCUUGCAAGAUUUUAAUGUUACCUCAUUCUUUGGGCUGUGCAUUUUUGAAUAAGUUAGUAUUGGAUCAUACCAACUUGGACUUGAUCGAAUUUUUAAAUAUUUGAUUUCAAAAUAAUAAUAAUAAUAAUUUCUAUUACGCAAAUUCCAUUUGAAUAUGAUCAAAUGUGCAUCACUAUUAUUAUCCCUGUUCAUCAGGAACAAGACCAUUUUUUUCUGUAGCAGCUCGAGAUCACCGCAACUUGGUCUACACCUUCACAGGUACCCAUUUAUACUCCUGGGUGGAGAGAGGCAAAUGUAGUAAAGUACCUUGCCCAAGAGCACAAGCACCAUGUUCCCCGUCAGGAUUCGAACCCAUGUACCACGGCACACCAGUCGAACACCGUAACCAUUGGACCACAGCGCCCAAUGCACUGAUCAACCUAAUAUGUGCAAGCCUAAACUGGCCACUGAUUGGGAUUUGCGUGCACCCGCUCUUGCCAAAAAUUAACAAAGAGCUUAUGAAAAUAAUGUACAGAACAAGUGGCCAUGGCUACUAUUUGACAUAUUUGAGCUUAUUCCUCAUAGAAACUCUCAAGUCAUUCGCAAUAAUGGCUUUCGACAAAAGUGUGUGCUAUUUUUAAACAUUAAUUUUAAACCCUAUCUCAGGCAUUUUCGCUAGGAUGCAACCUCAAUCCUGCAAAAUCCUCCAACUUCCUCCAUGUAAAGAGUACAUACAGCCUCAAUCCUCCAAAAGCAUCCGUUAUUUCUUGAAUGUGGUCCUUGGCGGGGUGACCACU